UGUAACCUGUAGGCUGCUUUGCUUUUCUGACGAUACAACACAUUUUAAGCGAGUAAAUAACACCAAAAUCACAUCAACUGUCAUAAAAUGUGACAGAACAGUUUCUCCAGAGAGGUGUGAACUCAGAAACACAGACCAUGUCGUUCGUGCAAAACCUGCCACCCUCGGUGGUGGCCAAGCAGGCGAGGAAGGAAGGUGAGGAUGAUGGGCCGCAGAAGAAGUCAAGAGAGGACUACAAGAAGAUGAAGGAACUUGAGGAGGCCAGGAAGGCAGGCACCGUACCAGCCAUGCAGGACGAGGAGGGAAAGGACAUCAACCCGCACAUUCCCCAGUAUAUCAUGCAAGUGCCCUGGUUCUUCGGAGAUAACCGGCCCACGUUGAAACAUCAACGUCAACAGCCAGAGAAGCUAAAGCAGUACACAAGCCAUGAUCAGUGGUUCAAGAAAGGCGUUAAAGAGGGGCCAGUUGGCACCAAGUUCAGGAAGGGGGCCUGUGAGAACUGUGGAGCCAUGACACACAAGAAAAAAGACUGUUUAGAGAGACCCAGAAAGAUAGGUGCGAAGUUCACAGGAGAUAAUUUUGCCCCCGAUGAACAUCUGCAGCCAGAGUUGUCCUUUGAUUACGAGGGGAAGCGUGAUCGAUGGAAUGGAUAUGAUCCUGAGCAGCACAAGAAAAUCUACGAGGAGUUUGAGAAAAUUGAACAGGCUAAACGUUUAUUGAAAGAGAAGAAUAUUGAAGAAGACAUAUUGGAUGGAAGUGACAAACCCGACAUCGAGACUAAAGUGACGAAAGGUGACUCCGAUGAUGAGGACAAGUAUGCCGAUGAUAUUGACAUGCCUGGCCAGAAGUUUGAGACCAAACAGAGAAUCACCGUGCGCAAUCUCCGUAUACGAGAAGACACUGCCAAGUACCUGCACAAUCUUGAUGUGAACUCUGCGUACUAUGACCCUAAAACAAGGUCUAUGAGGGAGGACCCCUUUAAAAACACUGGGAAGGAAAAAGAGGCAGAAUUUCAUGGUGACAACUUUGUACGCUACUCCGGUGAUGCGCAGCAAUUUGCAAAAAAGCAAGUGUUUGCGUGGGAUGCAUACGAGCAUGGAGCGGACGUCCACCUGCAGGCUGAUCCCACCAAACUGAUGCUGCUGGCCAAGGAGGUGCAGCAACGCAAGCAGGACACCAAGGUGGAGGCCAAAAACAGCAUUCUGGAGAAGUAUGGAGGGGAAGAGCAUCUAGACGCCCCGCCAAAACAACUCCUCAUGGCGCAGACGGAGGACUAUGUCGAGUAUUCCCGUCAUGGUACGGUGCUCAAGGGUGCAGAGAAGCCCACAGUGCGCUCCAAGUACCAGGAGGACGUCUACAUCAACAACCACACUAGUGUGUGGGGCUCGUACUGGAAUGCAGGUCGCUGGGGAUACAAGUGCUGCUGUUCCUUCAUCAAGGAGUCUUACUGUACAGGGCUGGCGGGCAUAGAGGCUGCACAGGAGAGAAGUUUGAUAGCUGUACAAGGGGAGGAAAAUGGAGCAGACAGUGAAGGUGAGGAAGAAGAGAGGACCUUGAUGGAGCAGCAUCAGGACAAGCUCCAAGAGAAGAAAAAAAAGAAGAAGAGGAAGAAAAAGCAGCAGAGAAAGAAGAAGAGGAAGCACAGUAGCAGUAGUAGCAGCAGCAGCUCAAGUGAUGAUGAAAGUGAUGAGGAUAGUGAGGAGGAGGAGAGGAGAAAACAGAAGAGGUUGGCAAAGGCCCUGAAGGCAGAGGCUGCCAAUCAGAAGCACGCAGAGGAGUUGUUAGCACUUGACGAGCGCAAGCGGCCGUAUAACAGCAUGUUUGAGGCCAGGGCGCCGACUGAGGAAGAAAUGGAGGCAUGGCGCAUGAAGCGGCGCAGAGAGGAGGACCCAAUGUCACAGUUUGACUGAGGGGGUUGGGGAUGGGGGUUUGGGAACCGAUAUCACAGUUUGGGGGCUGAAGGUGUAUGGGGGGAAAUGGGAGUUUAACAGAGGGCAAUCCUGCCUCAUAUAUAAUUUUAAAAAUUAGGGCAGCAAAAGGAAAAUUAUCCCUGUACGCCUGAAUCCCUUUAUAUGCUCAGGGGUAUCAAUGGCAGGGGUAGGGGUCAGAAUAUCUUGAGUAUUUUGAGUAUGCAUGUGGUAUGGAUUUUUUAAACUUGUAUUAUUUAAUCAACAUACGGAUUAGCAACCCCAUCAGAAUUUAACUACAUUGUAGUUAUAACCUGGUCAAUAUUUAAAUGAAAAAAAUUGGUUAAGCAGAAUUUUAAAACAUGGAAUAAACCACUGCAUGACACUAGGAAUAAGUAUAGGGGAAAAUAAGAUAGACACGAGAGAGAUUUUUGUUCCUGUGCUCUAUUGUUAUCAUUCGUAAUAAAAACAUUGUACUCUUGGACAGUUCUUACGCAAAAGCAUAUGGGGUUGAGGCGUUGCUUGUUUCCACAUCCAAAGAGUAGCCAAUGCAGAGUUUUUUAAGACCCUACAAUGAAUUGGUGGUAUUUUUUCUGUGUAAGUGAUUGUCCUGUUCUGCACUAUAUCUAUAUUUAUAUUGCUUGUUGUAACUUCAUUUGGACAAGUUGUGAAAACUGGAAAAUAUUAAUUAUACAAAGACAGACUUACUGUAGUUCUGUUGGAUUGCUGUCACAAGUUUGGUCGUUUUGUGCUAUAUUAAUGUUGCUGAAAUCGUCUCUUACUACCUGAGUUAGAAGCGGGACAAAUACUCAGGAUAAAAAUAUUAAGGUAGCAAAUAUAAACGAAUAUUGUUUUUAAACUUGAUGUUUAUUGUUCCAUGUUACAUGUACUUCCUGAAAAUAAAUAUGAAAAACUUACAA